AUGGCAUCGCAAGGUUUAAUAUUGUUGAUAAUCGUUUCAUUAAUAGGACUUGGUAAUACAAAUCUCACAUCAUCAUGUGAUUCUAUUUGUAAUAAUGGUUGUACAGUUAAAUAUUUACGUACUAACAUACGAUGUUAUUUACAGUCGAAACAAAUAACAAUUAUCACCGCAACAGAUCAGACGUCAUUUAUCACUCAUAGUGGUAACAAUCCACCAUCUGGAUUUGAUGUUGAUCUAAUGAAGUAUAUUGGUGAUAUAUAUCAAAUAAACUUUUUAUAUCAAUAUGGGCAGUUUUCCCAAUUUGUUCCUACGGUUCAAAAUAAUACGAACAUAAUUUCAAUCAGUACUCAAACAGAUACUUUAGCACGCGAACAACUCGUUAACUUUGUUCAAUUUUAUACGAGUGGUACUGGUUUCAUCGUUCGAUCUACUUAUCAUCAAACUGUCAAUGGAUUAAAUGAUUUGUGUGGUAAAACAGUUGUAGUAUUAGCUUCUUCAACUCAAGAAAGUGAUGUUCAAGCACAGAAUGUCAAAUGUAAAGUUGCAAUAACAAUGCAAUCUGUUCCAUCCAUUUCAGACAUGAUAAAUGCCGUUCAGAUGAGCGCAGCUGAGGUAGGUCUUUAUGGUGAAGCUGUACUCAAGGCAAUUGCUCGUAAAUCCAAUAAUCAGUUAAAAGUAGUUGGACAAAUAUAUGAUAUUCAACCUCGUGGUAUUUUAUGUAACAAAAGAAAUAUGCCGUUAUGUUGUGCAUUGGUUACGGUAUUUGCCCAUCCAGAAUUAAUCUGUCUGGGUCGACGUGUUUAUCAACAUGUGUACCAAGCAUUAUGA